AUGCCGGAUAUCAACAGUGGGCGGGUGCUUCCGGUCGGGGGCUUCCGGUCGCCAUUGCCGCCGCCGCCGCCGGGGAUGGAGGUGGUGCCGCCGCCGCCGGUGCCGGUGCCGGUGACGGGUUGGCAGGACAGGAGCGGCGGCAAGUGGCGGCGGCUCGGGGAGGCGGACAGGCGGCGCUUCCGCUCCCUGACUGAGCCGGGCCUCAGCUACGCCACGUGCCUGGCGCUGCUGGACUCAGAGGACGAGGCUGUCCUGACUGCCCUGGUCGCUCAGAUACAGACUGGGAAGGACCCCGCGGCGGCACAGGGUUAUAAGGAGCGAGGGAACGAGCAGUUCAAAGCUGGUGAUUACGCCCGGGCUGCCGGUUCAUACACCAAGGGCAUCAGCCACGCGAGCCAAGACUCCAGCGAGAUCGCCAUCCUGUAUGCCAAUCGCUCGGCAGCUCUGUGCCACUUACAGCGUUAUAGGGACAGCAUGGGGGACGUGGAGAGUGCGCUGGCACACGGGUACCCCCCAGCGCUGGAGCCCAAGCUGCUGGUGCGGAGGGCAGAGUGCCAGCUGCACCUGGGCAGCGCCCAACAAUUCCUGUCCGCUGUGGCCCAGGCUGAGAGCAAGCUGAGCGAGCUGGGCGGGCAGACCGCGACCUGGCUGAGGAGGCGCCUGGGACAGUUACAGCCCUGGGCCCCGCCCGGAGACACCCCCAGCCCAGGCCCUAGCGCCCGGCUGCAGGCGGAUGAGGAGCGGCCACUGCUGGAGAACGAGACGCUCCCGGGGGCUUCCCGCUCUGUCCGCUUGCGUUUCGACGGGGUCCGAGGGCGCCACCUGGUGGCCACAAAGGACUUUGCGGCAGGAGAGACCGUGCUGAGGGAAGAGGCUUACGCUGCUGUGCUUCUGGCCAGAGCCCAGCCCAGCCCCCAGGACUCCCAUUGCCAUCACUGCCUGAGCCAGGCCUGGGCACUGCUCCCCUGCCCCAGCUGUAGCUAUGCCACGUACUGCAGCGCUCUCUGCAGGCAGAAGGCCUGGGCCGACCAUCACCAGGUGGAGUGUCCAUUGGGCAGUGAGCUUCUGGCACUGGGAGCCUUUGCUCAUCUGUCUCUCCGCAUGGUGUUAGCCGCAGGGCUGGAGGAGGUGCAGAGGACACAAGCCGCCCAGAGUGGGCCACGCUCCUCAGAGGCCCCGCGGGCCACCGAGCCAGGUGACGGAGCAGAGGCUGAGGGGCGCUGGGAAGCCCACCCUCCUUACCGGGCUGUCCACAGCCUCCUGGCUCACACACACCAGCAGUCCGCCCAGCACCGUUUCCUAUGCGGCCUGACAGCGGCCGCCCUGUGCUCCCGCAUCAGAGCGAAGGGGCUGGAGCCCCUCGUGGUGGGCAAGGGGCUGGAGGCGGGCGAUGGCGGAGGGCAGGCGAUGGGAGCGCUGGGCACGGCCCUGCUCACACACAUGCUGCAGUUGGGGUGUAACGCCCAGGCCAUCACACAGCUCAGAGACACAGGCAGCGGCAGGUCCCAGGUGGAGGGCAGUGAGCAGGUGAGGAUAGCCACGGCCGUGUACUGCACGCUCAGCCUGCUCAACCACUCCUGUCGGCCCAACACCAGCCUCAGCUUCUGCCGCCGGACAGUUACCAUCAGGGCGUCGCAGCCAAUCCAGGCCGGACAGGAAAUACUCCACUGCUAUGGGCCACACUGGUGUCGGCUGGCAGUGAGCGAGCGUCAGCGUGCGUUGAGGGCACAGUAUUUCUUCGAGUGCGAGUGCAGCGCCUGCAGCGGGGAGCAGGAGGCAGCCCGAGGAGGAGGAGGAGGGGCUGCGGAGCUGGGGCAGUUUCUCUGCCCUCGUUGUGGCUCUGCCCUGCAGAGCUGGGAGCCUGAGCUCAGCAGGUGCUCGAACACAGAGUGUGGUCAAGUCCUCCCCGAGAGUCUCCUCCUCAGUCGGAGGGCUGAGCUGGCCGAGCAGCUGAGUGCAGCCAGCGGGUUGAUUGACGAGGACCGGACAGAGGAAGCUGCCCGGGGUCUGUUGGAGUGCGUGAGGAGAGCUGAGGAGCUGCUCUCAGCCCAGGACCCGCUGAGGGCGCAGGUCCACGACCAGCUGGCGCGCGCUCACGCCACCACAGGUAACUGGGCGGCUGCUGCUGAUCACCUGAAGAGGAGCCUGGCUGCCGUCCGGGCCCGAUACGGAUCCUCCAGCGUGGAGUGUGGGCAGGAGCUGUACAAGCUGUCGCAGAUUCUCUUCAAUGGGCGAGCGGUGACUGAAGCGCUCAGUGUGAUAGAGGAGGCGGUGGAGGUGCUGACGGUGCACCGUGGCCGUGCUGACCGGAUGGUUGAGGAGCUGAGGGAGAUGAGGAGCUGCCUGGAGUCGGUGCUGCCUCCUCAACGCCGCCCUCUAUACCCACUGACUGACUGCGAGUCCAGCCCACGGGAGCGAGGAACACAGAGAAACCGACUCCCCCACUGAGCGUAGUGAAACUGUGACUGUCUACUACUUGUUGCUCCCGGUCCAGGCUGCUGCCCUGAACAGUGCUGUACCUACUCUGAUCGAGGGUGAGAGGUAUUUAUUAUUUUUACGCUGAUGCUCACCAGUAAAAGAAAUGAUCUUAUUAUGAA